AUGUAUCGUGUGCCCGAUUUCUUACAACCUCGAGACUGGAUGUGUAAAGUCGAUCUAUCCCAGGCAUAUUUCCAUGUGAAUGUCACAGAAUCGUACAGUUGGUUCCUACGUCUAGAGUACAACCAAGAAGUUUUAGAGAUGAUAUGCCUACCGUUCGGCCUAAGCACAGCACCCAAAACAUUCUCGAUCCUCACAAAGCGGGUUGCUCAGACAUUACGAGAAAGGUACAGCAUAAAGGUACUAGUGUACCUAGACGCCUUUGUUAUAGUACAUCAAGAUGCGCAGAGGCUUUACCAUUAUGCAAAACUGAACGUAAAGCUAUUACAGAGAUUGGGUUGGCAAGUAAAUAUACUUUAG